AUGACGAUAGCUGAAAGAGGAAUUGGAAACAAUAUGGACGGGAGUGCUCGAGCCCAAGCAGCCGUCGUGGAGAACGGCGAUGAGUCUCACCAUGAGGAGGAUCCUGCUCGCCGCCCUUUGCGGCCUCUCGCUCCUGCCAAGGUGGACGCGCUGCGACCUGCCCAGGGUUCCCGACGCAGACAUCACGCCGGUACGUAUCCAGGCCAGCUGUACACGGCGUUCAGGAGUGGUCUUCCUCGGUCCCUCCAGCCUCCUCUGGCGGCGAACUCUAACGGCUGGCGACCGAUGCUACCCUCCUCCGAGAGGGCAACAACAGCACCCAGCAGUCGAGCGGCCUCCCUCCAGCACCCAGUUCUCAGCAAGUUACAGGCACACAUGCUGACGGCAGAGCGCAACAAGCGUCUGCAGAGCGCCGCAACUUCCAAUAAGGUGGAGACGUACGUAAUGCCGCCUCCUAGCAUCCUGGGCUCAUUUACCAUGUUUGGCCGCGCCACUGUGAAGGCGCGCGACAACAAGAAGGGAGUGCUCGAACACCUGGUGCCGCCACCCGUGCAGCAGGGCGAGAGCCAGCAACACUUCCGGUACGAGCGGCCCCCGGAUGAGUACCGCCCUUCGUUCUACUUCCAGGAGCCCUCCAAGAACAAACAGUUCUUCCCGUCAGAGCAGGUCGGAGAGUUCCCAGCAGCGUACGCGCCGCUGGGGGACGCGGGGAACUUCGAGCCAUUCUAUAAGACAUUCUCGCGCACCACGACCAAGUUCGGGAACGGCGACGUCACACUGCUGCCGCAGUCAGUGGGCAUCCAGGUGAGCAGUUCGGCGUCGUUUCCGCAUCCCGGACAGGUAGAGGACGUGCGGCUUCGCCCCAGCAGGCUGAAUGUGGCGACGGGAACGCAUCUGUCCGACCAGUCUUUCAUUCUCCCUAGCUCUUCGCCCGUCACGUCGUUCGAGAACCAGGCGUACGUGACCACGUGGCCCCCCGCGCCCCAGCAGCAGUACUUCUCCAAACCGUCCCAACGGCCCGCAACCCGACCUUACUUCCAGGAGGCCGACGUGGCUGACGGUAACGGGAGCCCGCUCGCGCCAACGCAGAUCCCAUCGAGCCAGACGUACAUCAGGAAGCCGAUAUUCUCCGAGCAAACCACUGUCCUGCCACUUCACAUAAACGAGGUGCGCCUGCGCAAACCACUACUGCCCACUCCUCUCACAGAGGAAGAGGACAGCGAGUCGCCCAAGGACCCGUACCUCUUCACAGACGACCAGAAUGACGUGCGCACUUACCAAUCACAGAGGAUUCGUCUGCCGGCUACUUCUCCCCCGGAAGAAGAGAAACAGCCACAGGAAGUGAUCGUGGAGGCAUACCAUCCCAAGCGACCCGUAAACCGGCGUCCAGACGCCCGGAGACCAAGCUACAGCCAAAAGCAACCAGAGGGCGAGGGGCAGAGCCGCAACAAGCCGCCCGAGCAGAAGCUGAAGCAGCGCAAACGGCGGCCCAUCUCGGAGGAAGUGGCGACACAGGCGAGCGCUCCCGACCCAGAGGACACGCCCCCCACACCUGUUACUCUUGAUUCUUCGGCAUUCCACUCGAGGAAGAGGAUGCCCACCGCCGACAGGGGGCGUGUAAGGGACCGUACGCGCGCCCGGCCCCCUAGACCGCACACAACAGAGAAAUCGAUCACCGAGUCGCCGUGGAGUAGUGACGAUUACGUGUACGCUCCCGAGCUGCAGAGCACGUCACACGAGUUGUACGAGCCGCAAACUCUGAACGAGGUCACGGGAGAUGACUUCAUGUCCACCAAGUCGGGGAUACAACCCACCACGACCACCACGAGCACUACCACCACAACCACAACAACAACAACAACCACGCCACCGACUACCACUGCAAGGUCCAGGCUUCGGUUCCCCGGCAACACGACACGACCGAGGUUCAGCCUCAGGGACCACAAAGAGCGCCUGGAACGCCUGUCAGCCCUGUCGAGGAAACCCGCGGUCGAGACGAAGCCGGAGGAAGGCGAGGCGAGCCGAGGGCGGAACCGCUCCAAAGGAAGCGUCAAGCAGCAGGAUGACGAGGAGGAGCCCAGCAGGAGCACAGUGAGGCUGAGGGACGCCCAGCGCGGGCGCCAUCGUCCCUCAACCUCCACCAGUACCACCACAGAGUCACAUGUGACUACGGAACCAAGCUCGACGACGGACCGGUUGAACCACUUCAAGCCCUCACAUAGCCGCUACCGUCCCAGUAAGUACUACGGCGGUUAUCGAACCAGAACCACAGAGGCGGCGACCGAUGCGGAGACGAGUGUCUCUUCCACAACACUGCGCACGGUGGUCAAACCAAAGCCCGUGUUCUCAGUGACCAGGAAGCCCUUCCCACUACGGACGCGCCCGAUGCGCGUCACCACUAGCACCACCACGGAGCUGGCGCCACUGAUAGAAGACUCUGCCGUCAGCGCCAACGAGCCUGAGGCCAUCGUGACCGAGGCCAGUACGCGCGCCACGAGUUACGAGGCACUGAAGGCCACAGAAAACGAAAUCGCUCCCGUCAUGUCCGAGAAGGCGGACACCACGACUGUCGAGGAUGCUGAAACCGAGACCCCUGCCACCGAUCUACCCUCCCCAGCUCAGGACACCUUGUCCCCUUCCCAGAUCGUAGCUGAUCUCACAUCUUCAGCCACCUCUGGCGGUUAUUUCAGCAAGCUCUCCAACUUGAGGAUCACCAUGGCGACUGAGGACCCCAUCCUGCCCAUCGAGGCGUUCUUUCCGAUCAGAGCCAGCAGAGAUGUCCUGACCUAA